GGUUCCAGGACCGUUGGCGAUUCCGCGAUCGUCUCGUUUCGUCUCGUCUCGUCUUGGACGGCUGCAGCCGCUGUCAGCGUUGCCCUGAUCGUAUCCAACGCUAUUGCCCCCCUGUCUUUGCCUGCGUCCUGCACAGACCGACCAUCAUGGCAAUCCUCGUCACCCACCUCAAGUGGAUCUCGCUCCUGGUCCUGGUCGUCCAGAACUCGGCCCUGGUCCUGAUCAUGCGCUACUCAAGAACCAUCCCCGGCCCUCCGUAUCUCGCCUCGACCGCUGUCGUGCUCUCGGAGCUGACCAAGCUCGUUGUCUCGCUCAUGAUCCAAGUGAACGAUGAGAUCAAGCAGAACCCCGGUGGCACCUUCUCCUGGGGCAAGGUGUACUCGGACAUCCUCGGCCCGACAUCCGACUGGAAGAAGAUCAUGGUGCCGGCGGUGCUCUACAUGAUCCAGAACAACCUGCAGUACCUGGCCGUGACCUGUUUGGACGCCGCUACCUUCCAGGUCACCUAUCAGAUGAAGAUCCUGACAACGGCCCUGUUCUCGGUCUGGCUGCUCAGCAAGCCUCUCUCAAAGAUGAAGUGGAUCUCGCUCCUGAUCCUGACCAUCGGCAUCGCCCUUGUCCAGCUCCCGUCCACCAAAACCGAUGCUAAGAAGAGCAGCGAGGGCGAGGCCGCUUCCAACGAGAAUCUCGUCCGCUUCGUUGGCCUGGUGGCCGUCACGGUUGCGUGUAUUCUCUCUGGUCUUGCCGGUGUCUGGUUCGAAAAGGUCCUGAAGGGCUCCAAGGCUAGUGUGUGGGUCCGCAACGUCCAGCUGAGUCUGUUUUCGAUCAUUCCCGGCUUUUUCAUUGGCGUCUGCUACAUGGACUACAAGGUUGUUGUGGAGCACGGCUUCUUUUACGGCUACAACAUCUGGACCUUCGCUGCCAUCGCUUGCCAGGCGCUCGGGGGACUGAUUGUUGCUCUGGUUGUCAAAUAUGCCGACAACAUUCUGAAGGGCUUCGCCACCUCCAUCUCGAUCAUCCUGUCGUCGGUCAUGUCGAUAUUUUUGUUCAGUUUUGUGGUCACGGGCAACUUCUUCAUUGGUGCGUCGUUGGUGAUCCUUAGUACCUACCUCUAUUCGCUCAAGGACCCUGCUCCGACCCUCCUCCCUGUUUCGACGUCCAGCGUCAGUCACGAAAAGUGAGAUGUGCUGGCCAUACAUUCUCCCGUCGUACCAUUCCACUCCUAUCCUCCCCCCCUUGGUUACGAUGACCCUAUUUCUCCAAGCUGCUUUGGCCACGACUUUGACUCCGCCGUCGAUCUGAGGGCGCGCAGGGUAGUGCAUUAGAUGUUGGUUUACGAAGCUUCACAGCAUUCACAGGAUUCAACGGACAGCUUGUAUUUAUGGACACCGACAGUCUCUCCUAGCAUCUGAAUAUACACGUCGAUCCACCGCA